UGUCUACGAACGGUCACCAUGCAAAACUAGCAGCAGCUAGUUAGGGUUAGUGUUAAUUGUCCGUAAAGAAACAUAGCUAUUCUCCAAUAUGAAUGGAGAACGGCGCUAGGUUUAUUCCUGAUGUGGAACGUAAUCACAUACAUACAUACAUACAAUGCAUAAAUGUCAUUGUCUAAAAUUUUACUACCACGCGGCCAUUACGUAAGUUUGCUGGAACGGUUGGAGAUUUUUACAUGGGCUUAGGCAUGUGUUCGAGGCGGUGAAUAUGGAGAAUACACAUUUCCUCAUAUGGACAACAACACCCUGGACACUGCCAUCGAAUUAUGUUUGUGCGGUUAAUCCGAAUUUGAUCUAUGUGAAGGCCCUGGAUAAGAAAACACAACGCAUUUAUAUCCUGGCUGAAUCACGCUUAAAUACCGUCUAUAAAAACGAAGAUGAUUACAGUAUUUUAGAGAAAUUUCCUGGUACCAAAUUAGCCAAUGCACCAUAUAAACCACCCUUUCCUUACUUCCUCGAAAAAGGAACCGCAGCGAAAGCUUUUCGCGUACUUGUCGAUGAUUAUGUCACGUUAGAGACCGGUACCGGCAUUGUCCACAACGCGCCCUACUUUGGUGAGGAUGAUUAUCGCAUUUGUCUUAAUGCGGGCAUCAUACAAAAAUCCAGCAAGCCAAUUUGUCUAUUAGAUGAGGUGGGACGUUUCACGGCGGAGGUAACUGACUUUGCUGGUCUCUAUGUCAAAGAUGCCGAUAAGGCGAUAAUAGCGAAGCUCAAGGAAAUGGGUGUGCUAGUAUCUGCUGGUCAAGUCAAACAUAGUUAUCCAUACUGCUGGCGCUCCGAUACACCUUAGAUAUACAAAUCUGUACCCUCAUGGUUCGUACGCGUGGAGCAUAUGUCACAGAACUUGCGCGAUUGUAGCGCGCAAAGCCAUUGGGUGCCGGAAAAUGUGCUCUAAAAAUCUCUGAAGUGUGGUUUCUUGGUUGUACACUUUUCAUUUUCGGCAGUCUUAUAG